CGCUUUUCACGUUAUUUUUGCCUUUUUUGUUUUUGGUUCUGAAUUUGUCAAGCAUGAUAAUUUAUGAUCUGGAUUAAAUAGAGCUUUAAUGGAUUACCAAUAAUUUUGAUUUAAUUACAUUAGUUUUCUUGGAUAUGGCUGGUAUUAAAACUCAAGCUUUAAAAUGUAAAGAUCUUCAUGAUUAUCUGAAAACUUUAUCAGCAGCAACGCUUGAAAAGUUGUAUAACCAUCCUGCAACUUGCUUGGCUGUGUUCAGAGAACUUCCAACUUUAGCCAAACAUUAUAUCACUCGUUUGUUAUUUGUAGAGCAACCUGUGCCUCAAGCUGUUAUUGGAUCAUGGUUAGGACAGCAGUUUGUAAAAGAACAUUUGGAAGCUGUUGAGUCAUUAUGUGAACUUCAUUUGUAUAAGGAAUAUCCUGUGCCAGGUGGUUUACCAGGAUGGGCACUUAAUGCUACUUUCAGAAAGAACUUGAAAAAUGCACUACUUGGAGGUGGAAAACCUUGGGCAGUAUGUGCAAAUCUUGAAAAAGAUAAACAUGCCAGGGAUAUCAAAUUUCUUGAUUCUUAUGCAAUGGAAAGAUGGGAAGCACUUUUGCAUUUCAUGGUUGGUUCAAAGCAAGCUGAAAAUACUGUGAGUAACGAUGCAAUAAAAGUGUUGCUGCAUUCAGGAUUGAUGCGAAAAGAAAAUGAUUUAAACAUUAUUACAACAGAGGGGUUUCAAUUCCUGUUGAUGACUACAGCAUCUCAAGUAUGGCAUUUCAUGCUUCAAUACUUAGACACUAUUGAAGAACGUGGAUUAAACUUAGUUGAUUGUCUGACAUUUCUUUUCCAGCUUAGUUUCCUUACAUUAGGAAAGGAUUACAGUACAGGUGAAAUGAAUGAAUCAAUGUUGAUGUUUCUUCAACAUUUACGGGAGCUUGGUAUAGUUUAUCAAAGAAAGGUAGUUUUCUGAUAUUAUAAUCUUUCAAUCAUUUAAAUUUUUUAAACAAAUAAUAAUA